AUGCCAAGCUACGUGCGUGGGUGCGUGGUGCACGCGCCUUCUCGUGGCUGCAUCGAGCUUUUCGAGGACGCCUUCCUGUCCAUUAACCCUGCAACAGGGCGCAUCACCGCCUUCCACGCUCAGAUCGAGCCCGCCGAUUUGGAUCUGCUAUCGAAAACUCACUCCUCCGACGUCCUGCUUCUCGCCAAAGGUCAAUUCCUGAUGCCCGGAUUCGUGGACACUCAUGUCCACGCACCACAGUUUCAAUUCAUGGGGACAGCCACCGACGUCCCGUUGAUGCAGUGGUUGGACAAAUACACGUUUCCAGUGGAACAGAGUUUCGAGGAUCCAAAAGUGGCUUUGAAAUGGUAUUCGGCUCUGCUGGACUCGAUGUUAGGCCAGGGUAUCACCACAGCUCAAUACUUUGCCACAAUUCACGUCGAAGCCACAAAGAUCUUGGCGGAUCUGGUGGAACGUCGGGGCCAAAGGGGGUUAGUGGGGCUAGUAUCUAUGGAUCGGAACGCUCCAGAUACGUAUGUGUCGUCAAGUGUGGUCAAGUGUUUGGCAGACGCGGAAGAGUUUAUUCAGUACGUACUAAGUAAGAACAGCGAACUGGUAAAGCCGGUCGUCACCCCAAGGUUUGUCCCCACGUGCUCAUUGCAGCUAAUGAAGGGGCUGGGUGCACUGGCCAAGAAGUACGACGUGCAUGUGCAAUCGCACAUUGCUGAGUCGAAAGAUGAAGAAGCUUUUGUGGAGACACUACAUCCCGGACAGAGAGAUACCGAGCUGUUUGAACAAGCAGGAUUGCUGACACAGAAGAGCUGUAUGGCUCAUGGAGUGCAUCUGAAGGAGGACGAACUGGAGAUACUGCAUCGCACUGAAACGGCGAUCGCAUGUUGUCCGCUGUCCAAUUUCUUCUUUGCCAAUGGAUUUCUUGAUGUGAGAAAGGUGCUGGAUAAGCAAGUGGACGUCGGAUUGGGCACAGAUAUCGCGGGCGGAUACUCGCCGAGUAUGUUGCGUGCGAUUCAGACGUGCGUGCUGUCGAUAAAGGCGCUGGAGAUUCAAGAAGGAACGUUCGAUGCCAUAAUGCAGCCGUUUGACUUCAAGGACGCCUUCUGGCUAGCGACAAUGGGCGGCGCAAAGGCGCUGAAACUCGAGAAGGAUACAGGAAGUUUUGCUGUGGGGAAGAGCUUUGAUGCCAUUUUCGUAGAUGUCAACCGUGGACGCAACCUGAUAUUCUCCGACCGUGACACUCCCAUCGAUGUCUUUCAGAAGGUCAUUCACAAUGCUGACAACCGAAAUUUCGCAAAGGUCUUCGUGAAAGGCAAAGUCGUGUGCGAAAAUGCUGCGUAG